AUGUCUUUUGAAGAAGUUGAUAAGCUUUUCGACACAGAAAACGUGCAAUCUGGUUACGACAUUCUCAAAAAGCGCUACGACGAAGGCGAAAAGACACCGGAUGUGCUUUGGAGGCUUGCCAAAUUUUGUCAGCAACUCGCUGCCCGAGCGAAGGAUAAGGCGAAGAGAAAGGAACUGACAUUUGCAGGUGAUGAUGAGUGA